AUGGAUAUUGUGAAAAUAUCUUGGUGUCGGCAAAGGUUGCCGGCAAAUGUCUAUUUAUACACGAAGAGGUGUCGGUUGAUAUGGUGGUUAUUCUUUGACGGGAAUAACUGCCGUGACAUAAAUUUGCUUAUCUCAUCUGAUGCACUCUCAUCUAGAUGCUCUAGCUCUAUAAAUCUAGCACCAGAUUACAAUUUGGGAAAGUUGCUACACGGGUGUGAGCACUACAAGAGGCGAUGCAAACUUCGUGCUCCUUGCUGUAACCAGUUAUUUUCCUGCCGCCACUGCCACAACAAUUACACGAGCUCGUUAAGCAACCCCAACGAAAGGCACAAAAUGGUCUUAAAAGAUGUUAAGCAAGUUGUAUGUUUGAUCUGUAACACCGAGCAACAGGUUUCUCAUAUUUGUGUUAACUGUGGGGUGAAAAUGGGUGAAUACUUUUGUGCAAUUUGCAAGUUGUAUGACGAUGAUAUAUCAAAGCAACAGUUUCAUUGUCAUGAUUGCGGCGUAUGCAGACUCCAUGGUCGUGAAAACAACUAUCAUUGCCAGAAGUGUGGAUGUUGCCUUCGUGUAGAGCUACGAGGUUCUCAUGUUUGUUUGGAGAACGCUAUUAAACGUGAUUGUCCCGUAUGUCAUGACUAUCUUUUUGAAUCUGUUAAGCCAAUAACAGCUAUGUAUUGUGGACAUGCAGUGCACUUGGAUUGCUACUCGGUGAUGAUGAGCAAAAAUCAACCUCUUUGUCCCAAUUGCUCAAAGUCCUCAUUUUUCAGAGAGUUGUUUGAAACAAUAUUGAUUAUAUUGGUAUUAUUGGCUGCUACAUAUGAAUUUAUAUAUUAA